AACGAAACUGGGCGCACACACCCGAAACGAUCUCGCAGUUUUAAUGCCAAACGCAAACAACUGGCAUAAAUGAAAAUAAAUCAUGCGAUAGGUGUCAUGGCGACUGACUGAACGUUCAAACAAACGACGAAUGAAUCAUUAAUCCGAUUCGGAUGAAAAUUCAUCUUAACUCGUCGCAUAACGGGACGGGAAAGCAGUCUAAUAUCAUAGUCUGCGGAGGAUAUACACUUGUGCUGCCAACAUCUAUGAAAUAAGGAAUUCUGGACCAAGAUGGCGACUAAUUACAAAUACCCCGUUGGGUGUGGGGUUUGCCUGGGGGUGUUCCAUAUCAUCUUUGGUAUGGGGUGUUGUGGUUGUGGUAUUGCCGCUAUUGUACUGUAUGCGUACGCUGCUAGCAUUGCAGUGGGGAUAUGGGCCGGUGUGGCGUUCUACACGAUGACUGGUAUACUUGCUCUGGCCUCGGCUUCAAGGAACAAUUGUGUGAUUACUGCUUACUAUAUCAUGGCUCUUCUGUCGGUCUUCGUAUCUAUGGGUCAGAUGGGAGUGUACAUUUAUGCAAUAUUGUACGAGGUGUUUGCCUGCUCCAAUAGCCCCUACUCUGACAAAUACUAUAAUUGUACACAGAAACAGAUUCAAGAUAUGAUCAUGCACGGCGUUCUCUUGUUGCUUGCAUUCCUGGAGUGGAUCAUUGCCAUGGUUUCCUGCUGCACUGCAUGCACAUGUUGCUGCAAUAAUGACGUGGCACCGACUCAAACUGUCGUGAUUCACACCAUGCAGCAGCCGGUUGGUCAGCCCUUACCGAACUAUGGCGGGCCGGCCGUCGCUAUGCCACCACCCCAGGCGGAGUAUGCUGGAUACUCCGGGGGCAGUUUUCCUGCGUCCAUACCCAGCCAACCAGCACCAGGUUACAGCCAGAAGCCACAGUUGCCAUUAGCUUCCGCUCCGGUCUAUCAUAACCAGACCUUCGAUCCCAACUCACCUGCCGAUGAAAACACCGCCCUCCCCCAUGCACCACAGUCGCCGGAACACGGUAAUAACACCAGGGAAUACUAGGCAGAGCAAGGUGAUUAAGCUACAGAAAACACUGCGCUAACACCAAAUGUUACACCAAAUUGUUACAUGUUCAGAAAUCAACAGUUUAUCACACUGAAGAAUGUUCAUAUUAUAAUUUCUGAACACCACGACUUUUUGUCGUUGUUUGAAGUGAACUUGUCUGCAAAAUAUUGAUGUAGGCCUACCUGUGAACUUUUAAGAAAAACACGAAGCUCCCGUCUUUUGGCAAAGUUGGUUGUGUUCAUUGCGCCGCUUUCUGUAUAUACUGCUUAUAGCUUCAGCAUUUUGUGUAUCUUUAAGGUAUUGUACUUGUAGCCCAAUCGUACUUGAUUGUGUUAAACUAAACUUACUUAAAACAGGUUUGUACAAAAUUACUCACUAUAAACUCAUACCUCCGAUAAAAAGUUUGAAACGUAAAACUUUUAAAGUUAGACAAUGGUCCACAUACGUACCUUAAUUCAGGCCUACACAAACAAUCUGCUUUUUGUGUUUAUAAUGUUGAUUGUAUCAAUUAUAAUGAUUUGUGCAUUGCUUUUUUGUUGAUUAGCCAUGAUUUAAUUUUAGGAUACAUCUUGAAAAAAAUAGACCAAUUGCAAAACUGACUUUUCUUUAAACUAUACUGAAUGCGUACAUGAAUGCAAUCAAUUAUUGAACGGCUAAAAAACUUACAUGUGCUUGUCUAUUAUGUACAUAAUUGUUUCUUAUGAGAAAAAAAAAAUCUCAUCUAUUUUGUUUUGCUUUGCCAAAAAAAAUGUGUAUCUCAAUAUUAUUAUUCAAUCAAAUUAUAUUUUUAAUUGGUGUGUUACGAUUGCGGUUAAGAUAAAGCUGCGCUGUUUAAUUCUACUGAAUCUGGACAUAGACUAUUGUGUUUGUAUUGUACACAGUUGUAUACAGAGAUUCGUGACUAUUUUCUUAAAUUACAAUGCUGUGUUGGGAUCAUGCAGAUUUUCUUUCGGCAAAAAUUAUCUUCAAGAUGAUGAAUAACAUUAUGUUGACAGACAUAGGAAGAUUCAACGAAGAAUGAAUGGAGCGAAGAACAGACACAAUUUACUGCUAGUCAUGUUAGUUUGAUUUAUAAAUUUAUUGAUUUAAAGAUUUUAACAUCUGCAGGCCUAAAAUCCAUCUGAACUGCGUGUCUUGUGAUGUAGCUUCUGUUUGCAAGAAUUUUUUCACUGCGCAAGUAAGAAUUUCGGCUAUAAGAUAACUUAGGCCUAUAUAGCCUACUCUAAAAAGUUACAUUAAUUGUAUGUACUGCUUUUGUCGCCCUUAUGCCCAAUGUUUUAAAUGUUCCAACAUGCAUGUUAUUAAGUUUGGUUUAAAUAGCAUGCAAACAAUGUAUUUUUAUGUAAUAAAACUAGAAAAGCUGUGGCUAAAAUGAUCAAUUAA